UGCUCCCCCUCCGCCCCCUGGCCACCAGUCAGAGGUAACAGCCAGGCGUUUUCGGAUUCCUCCUCCGCCACCAUUACCGCUGAUGAAACCCAAGGUGCAGCCCCCUAAACGACGAACCAAGGCCUUCCACUGGGACCAGGUUGGCUCCGAUAAGAUUGACAAGUCAUUUUGGAAGCAUCGGAGCGCUCGGAAGGUAGAGCUUGACACGGAGCGCUUGUAUGAACAGUUUGCUGUUCAAGAUUUGGGAAAGUUUGGUGCAAUAGAGCCAUCACAUGUUCAGCAUAUUAUGCUCAACGCAAAGAUUGCACACAACUUCAACAUUUUCCUCAAAAGUUUUCGGGUCCAACCAGGAGAGCUGAAGGACAAACUGUUCAUAGUCAACGAGGCCGAGGGAGGACUCUCUGACGAGCAGAUCGCUUCCCUCAGGAGGUAUGUUCCCACCCCUGACGAUGUGGAAAUGUAUAAAUCCCACAAGGGCCCUCUGGCUGAACUGCACAUUGUGGACCGAUACAUGAUGGAGAUGUGCAACAUCUCCUACCUGAGCAGGCGUCUCGACAUCCUGCUCACCCUGAGGGAGCUUCCUGUGAGCAUGAAGGACCUGCAGCCCCUGAUCGAGCAGAAGAUUAGGAUGUGCACGGAGCUGCUGGGCUCGGGCUCCUUCGUCGCCAUGCUGGAGUACCUGCUCGUCGUCGGAAACUUCCUCAACAAGAACGCCGGGAAGACGGCCGCCAAAGGGUUCCGUCUGUCCUCCUUAUCCAAACUCGCCCAGCUCCGCGGGAGAGACCGGACCUUCACCUUGCUUCACGCCCUUGUGGAGCAGCUCAUGUUGCACCAACCGUGCAUGCUCAUGCUUAUCCAGGAGCUGGAAGAAUUUGAAACUGUCCCAGGAGCAUCCAUCAAAGGACUGACUGCAGAAGUAGACGUCCUGAAGAAUGAGCUUCAGAAAGUCUUGCACUACAGGAAAGUGAACAAAAAAGAAAAUAGCAUGGAUCAACAUCAAAAGUUCUCCAAAGACUUAAAGAUGGCCAUCGGGAAGUACAAAACGGAUAUCUCUUUGUUGUCGAAGAAAUGUGAGGAGAUGAAGAAACUCUACUCUGAGCUACUGGUUAAAUUUGGGGAGCCAAUGGAUCAAGACUCGCAGGAACUUUUUGGGUGCAUCAGUCAGUUUCUCCAUGACUUCAAGAAAAUACAUGCCGAAUUUCAAUAGUGUAUUAAAUGCCCUCAGGUAGGUUCUGUACUGCAAGACAUAAAGAAAGUAUUACUUUGAUGGCCAUCACCAUACAUACUCUACAGUCUAGAUUCUUCACUGACUGUAUGCACUUCAUGAUGUGGAUAGACUAGAAGGUAUCUACAAGUGUGCUGACAUCUGGUGUUCAAUUUUCUAUGUCGAUGAAUAUGAGUGGAGAGGAGGGUGAGUGUGAGCAACCAUUCUCAAUGUGUCAACCAUUUUGUUUCAGUUUUGUAACUGGGAGCCUAUAUAAUUAUUAGGCGUAAUCUUAUAUUUUUCACCUAGUUUUCGUCGUGCAUAUAGCCUGCAUGAAACAAUACGGCCAGAAGGCAUGGGGCAGAGUUCCUGAGACUACUUUUAGUAUCGUCCAUCUUCGGAACACAGUCAGACAGUCAGACGUCCAUAACAUCCGCCGACGCAUUUUUAUGUGGUCGUGCCUAACAUUAUUUGCUGUCUGAUUCCAUUGGCACUGAAUGUCUUUAGUUAUUUUUGAAUCUCCUUCACCUCUUAUCCUUGCCCUCGUGACAUUUUCCAUCAAGGUCAAGAGAAAUUGGUUAGGAAAGGAAAUAGGGCUUAAUUUUUAGACUAUUAUAUAUUCCACCAGAGCCAGGGCGUCAUCUUGACCGAAUGCUUGUCCUAGCAUUAUCUCAGACAUCAACGGUCGGCGGAAAUAGAAAGCAAGGAUGCUUCCUUAACAUUGCUGUUCUCUGUCUUUGCUGACAAUUCUCUUGAGUCCUAGGCCUAGGUCCUGAUGGUGAAAACCGGGAUGUGGUACAAACUUGAAACCUGUAUGUGCGUAAACAUACCAAGCAGGGAUCUCUCCCAAACGGUAUGCAGGUGUACACAGGCUGAGACGGUUUUAAGGGUGUUGCAACAUUCAUGGAAACAUGAGUUUUCUUAUAUGGAUACAAUGAAAUUCAAAAACGUUUGCAGAAUUUAGAUAUUUAUCUCAUGUAAAAAGGGCCUUAGUUGUUCCUUUAUUCAAUGAAAAGCAAAUCCUUCACAUUGCAUUUAAUAUAAUAAUAGAUACUGUUCCUGUGUGUUGGCAGUUGUUUGGGUGAACGUUGACAACCAACCCUUUUUGGCAAAGUGCACAUUCGGAAUAACCUGCAUUUCAAACACAUCUAUACAACACAGAUUAGUUAGAAUAGGGCGGUCUCAGUGAUGGCAAGCCGAGUGAGAUAUUUCAUUUGGUGUUGUGAAACAUUUGAGUUGUAUUCCAUUUGUUGAUGCAGCAGGCUUAUGUUUGACAGUCACAGUCUGACUUUUUGAGGACUCUUGAGUCCGCUACCUUUUGUGUAUGCUCAACGUGAACCAUGCACGAUCGUCUCAGCAGUCGCUCAUCCCUCGUUUCCAAGAUGAUCUUCACCGCUCGCUCGAGGAUAGGAGAAUUAAUGCUUUUUCACCAUGAUAAUCAGAAUAUAAAAAAUCGGUUGCUUGGGUAUUCAGGAAUGUUUGGUCUCAGUGGGCUUGAACUUACUUUAUGGAACUUAAGAUCAAAUGAUUAAGUCACUUUGGGUAUUUUGUUUGUGAUCUAUGAAUUGCAUCAACAGCAACAGUCCUUCCUUCACACUUUAAUUCUUUAGAAUUAAUUAUCUUUUGUGACUUUUAUGUUUGUAUGAGAUACAGUUUAAUCAUAGAAUGAUAUAGUUGGUAAAAUUACUAGAAGGACAUGUUAUAAUGAAUGUUGGUUGUUUGUAGGCAGAUAAAAUCCCAAUUUUAAUCAGAUCUGUCUAUUUUAUAAAGUAAGGAAUAAUUAAAGUGACAUUUAAAAAUAAAUGUGAUGUUGAACAUUGUUUUCCUUCUCUGAGAACUGUAAUCAUUCAAAAUAGAGAUUUAAAGAAAAAAAAAAAGAAUUAUGUUGAGGUAUCUCAUUCUCGGUGUCAGUCAGUGCUCUAAAAACAGAUUUGUCCCCGGUUUGAACCUUGAGCUAUUCCCACCAUAGGGAAGCACUUGGCCAAUACUGAUGACUUCCAAAGUCUAACAUCGGAAUCGAGAGUCAACCUGCCUAGGUAGCCUGCUAUUACAAAAUACAACUAGAAAUCCAUCCAACAUGACUAGCAGUUUUUAUGAGACAACUUAACCCACAAGGUCCAAUCUCUCCAAAGCUCCAAUAGGUCAAAGGUCUAAUAAGUCAAAGGUCCAAUAAGUCAAAGGUCCAAUAGGUAUCGCAGUAAAUCUUGGUUGUCCCCAAGUAGGUAAUUAGCUGCAUUAUAGACAACAAGAUGAUUUAAAGAUAAUGGGAUGAUUUGGAGAAUAAGAUAACAAUACAAAUCAGGACAUGGAAUAUAACAUAACAAAAUAUUUCAAUGCAAAAUAAAAACACUUCAUUGACAUAUUGUUCGUAUGUGUAAGCAUAUUGAUCAAAGUCAUGCAAUUGAAUCAAGGGCCACUUGGAAUAGGUUAUUUGUCAGAUUUGUCAAUGUGUUAAUUUAUUUAAUAAACAACACAUUACCAUCUCCAGCCGUGUUUGUAAAUGUUUUCCCACUGCAGAGCUUAUUAUACACUCAAUGAGCUCAUCAGAUUCACAGAGGGAAGAAACAUACACAGAUACAAACUCAGAUACAGAUACAAAUAUAGAAACAUCAGAUUACUUUAUUGAUCAGCGAGGAACACUUUUAUAACAGUUGCUCAGCUCAAGCCAGAGACAAAGUAAUAUAAUAGAAUAAACCCAACUAGCAACUAGCAAUAUACAAAAUAAAUAUUAAUAUUUUUUAUUCUUAUUAUAAAUCAAACAUGUGUCUAGCAACAAUAUUCUGCUGUUGGUUAGAUGCUCAGAUGUUAAAUAAAAGUAUAUUUGUAACUUAUGCGAAAAGUGAAGUAGACUGAACGUAUAUUGCACAAGUCAUCUGGAUAUUGUAAACAAUAAAAAGGUGGAAAUAUGAACUCAUGUAGCAAGGAAGUCAAGUAGUAUUAUUUAUGGUGAUGAGACCCAAACCAACCCUUGUCAAAAAGGGAACUGGAUUUAAAUCCCCGGAGACUCUUAAAGAAUCGAAGAACUUGGAGAUUCUUUAUCGGUCUCCGAUUGAAACUCAUUUUCUCUCAGGCUUCUCAUUAAGACAAGUAUGUGCAGCUGCCCCCACUGGCCUUGGUCCCACACCCUUCAUUUGAAAUAGAUUAGGGCUGCAGAACUUUUGAGUGAGGGGAAAUUUAAAUCCCACACGUCCACGCUUUUAAUUCAACCAUUUCUUACAAGGCAUGCUGAUGCUGAGAGGUACAAGUGCCUAGUGUACAUACCUCUAGUAAUUUGUUUUUGUAUCAUCCCAAAACCUCCACUCAUCCCAAGCAUGUGACACUGUUGACAGUAGGCAUGUUGGAGGAGAAUUUCGAUUGCUCCACAUCUCACAUGGAUUAUUCUUUUUUAACGUUGAUCGUAGCCUACUUCUGUUUAAAAAAUAAGAACAGCGAAAGGCGAGUUCCAUGAGAACCAUUUAAUGACACUGUGAGCUCUGAGCCCUGAUGUCCGCUUUCUUGUAAUGUGAAGAGGCAGAUGCAACCGUAACAUUGAUAAACAGAAUAAAAACUGUGAUGUGUACAGAACAAAUAUAAUGGAGAAUUGUUCAGAUGUAUGAAUAUAUUGGAAACCUUACUUCCCAAAACCAAUUGG